GAGUUGAGGUAGGAAUCAGACUAAACGUCAGAAGCUCAUUAACUCCAAGGAGGGAGCGAGAAAGAACAGCAGGAACAGCGCUGGUUCCUCUUGUCUGAAGCAACAUGGCCACUUGGUUGUGGAAAAAGAAAUCCCAGGACCUGAUCUUGAGGGUGUUGCUCCUUCUUCUCAGCCUUCUUCCUGAAGUCAGCAGGGCGGUGGUCGGACACAGAGAGCCGCUGCCUGACGACAGCAAAGACAACAUCACCAUUUUUACCCGAAUCCUCGACCGGCUGCUGGAUGGAUAUGACAACAGGCUACGUCCUGGGCUGGGGGAGAGUGUGACAGAAGUGGGGACAAACAUUUACGUGACCAGUUUUGGACCAGUUUCUGACACAGACAUGGAGUACACCAUCGACGUCUUCUUUCGUCAAAGUUGGAGGGAUGAGAGGCUUAAGUUUGAUGGUCCAAUGCAGGUCCUACCCCUUAACAACCUCCUGGCCAGUAAGAUCUGGACUCCUGAUACAUUCUUCCACAAUGGAAAGAAAUCUGUGGCCCACAACAUGACAACUCCAAACAAACUGCUACGACUAGUGGACAAUGGGACGCUUCUCUACACAAUGAGGUUGACCAUUCAUGCAGAGUGCCCCAUGCACCUGGAGGAUUUCCCAAUGGAUGCACACGCCUGUCCUCUGAAGUUUGGAAGCUAUGCUUACACCAAUAAUGAAGUGAUCUACCUGUGGACCCAAGGGGAUGAGAGGUCUGUGUCUGUGGCAGAGGGCGGCUCCAGGCUUAACCAGUAUGACUUACUGGGGCACGUUAUUGGCAAAGAAACCAUCAGUUCCAGCACAGGAGAAUAUGUAGUGAUGACAGCGUAUUUCCAUUUGAAACGGAAAAUUGGCUAUUUUGUGAUUCAAACCUACCUCCCGUGCAUCAUGACUGUCAUACUGUCUCAGGUCUCCUUCUGGCUUAACAGAGAAUCCGUUCCUGCUCGCACUGUGUUCGGGGUCACCACUGUCCUAACCAUGACCACCCUGAGCAUCAGUGCUAGAAACUCCUUGCCUAAGGUGGCGUAUGCCACUGCUAUGGACUGGUUCAUGGCUGUGUGCUAUGCCUUUGUCUUCUCUGCCUUGAUUGAGUUUGCUACAGUCAACUACUUCACCAAACGCAGCUGGGCAUGGGAUGGGAAGAGAGAGGGCAUGGAAAUAAGGGAACCGUUUCAGGCUAACAUGGCCAGGAUUAAAGAUAUGAGACGAGAAUCGUCCACUCUGACCAAGAAGGCUAACAACACCUUCAACAUAGUCGGGACCACCUACGGCAUCAACGUCCCCAAAGACCAGGGCUUAACCACCAUCGCCAAGAGCGCACCCGCACCGUCGGCAAAACACUCCUUCCUGCAUAGAUUCGAUGACCCCUACACAGAGGCCAAGAAAUCCUACAACCGCGUUAGCAAAGUGGACAAGAUAUCGCGCAUCAUUUUCCCAGUUCUGUUCUUCAUUUUCAACCUGGGCUACUGGGCCACGUACGUGAACAGAAAGCCCGCCAUCAUGAAGGCUAACAACCUAAACUGAGUUCCACCAAAGCUAGGCUUAAUUCGGGGUGUAGACGAGUUCGCAGGAGGCCAAGUCCAUCACAUCUAAACAAAGUGUGUAUGUGUGUGCGCAUGUUCGGUGUGUAUCUUUUAUUUUUUUUUUCUUAAACGUUUGAUAGAUUGCACGGCUGUAUAGAUGGAAGUUUAGCAAACGUUAGACUCACACACGGUGUUGGGCCUUGACGGAGGCCCGUUCCUCUCAUCAGUCUGUGUUUGUGUGGCGUUUCUUUGCUCCACUCCACUCUUAGCUCUGGCCCUGUUCCCCAUGCUAACUGUUUCCUUUCUUUUUCUGUGGUUUGAUAGCUUGCCGUUUUGUGGAGUAGUCCAAUUUGUGCACUCUCCGUGUUUGGACAUGUUUUGAGGCUUUGCCUCUGAUGAAUUUGAGAGAGCAUGCGUUUGAUUUUUUUUGUUCUCACUGUAACUCAUUACCCUCGAUAAGGCACUGACACGUGUGUAGAGCUGACAGCGUUUCCUCUCACACACACACACACACAGAAGCUACAGCCGAAGCCAUUCUCCGAGCUCUUUCCUGUGCUCUGUUGAAGGGGCAGCCUGUAUAGUUUUAUAGGAGCAUCAUUAAUAAUUGUCAGAGUCUG